AACACAUUUCAGACUUCAACUCAAUUCAAUAUGGCGACUCGGACGUACUGCUGAGCGGUUGUGUUUGUCAUGUUAAAUUUUAUAAUUUUUUGAGUGUUUUUCAUAUGUGGCUGUUAAUAUGAUAUCGUCUAUAAUAUCCCGAUUAGUGAUAUUGGUAUUCGGGACCCUCUACCCGGCUUACGCUUCAUAUAAAGCUGUACGGACGAAGAACUUGAAAGAAUACGUAAAAUGGAUGAUGUACUGGAUAGUUUUCGCACUGUUCACAUGCACAGAGACGUUCACGGACGUGUUCUUGUCGUGGUUCCCGUUCUACUACGAGGUGAAGAUAGUACUCGUGCUGUGGCUCCUCUCGCCUGCUACCAAAGGUUCCUCGAUCCUGUACAGGAAGUUUGUACAUCCGGCGUUGUGCAGGCGAGAACAGGAGAUAGAUGAGUACAUAGCAAAGGCCAAAGACCAGGGCUAUCACACUGUGCUCAACCUGGGCACCAAGGGCGUGAACUACGCCACCACGGUUAUUAUGCAGACCGCCAUUAAGGGCGGAGGAGGUUUAGUGCAACAAAUUCGCAAGAGCUACAGUCUGUCCGACUUGAGCGAGUGCGAGGUCCGCGACGAGAGAGGGGCCGACGAGGCCGACGAUAUCUUAGCCGAACCGAGAAUAAUCCGCCGCGUCGCUAAGAGCAGCGGCUACAACACGCGCCGCAGCGCGUCCGAGUCCAACAGCCGAACACCCAUGUAUUUCCCAGAGGUGGAUGUCGAUGUCAGGGGUCCGCGGGCCGUCCGGGCCGACGAGCCAGAUUUUAGCCACAUCAAAUCCACCGAAGAUAUAAGCUCCGGCUACUCCAGCGCGGACAACUCGGCGUCGCUCACGCGCGCCGGCUCGGUGGGCGCCGCGGCGCGCGCCCGCGCGCGGACCACGCGGACGGCCGUCACCGCCAUCAAGCGGCCACAGGCUGCCGAGGACAACGAAGUAUUCAUCGAGGAGCUUCAAGACGACGAUAGUUUUGAAUAUGCGAAUAUGCCCCCCUUAGUCAAUCUCCCGUCUCACCUUUUCCUCUCCCAUACUGAUCCUCCCUUUAUAUAUCAAUACGUAGGAGAUGAAGUCAAAAUAAUACAAGUCUUAGGAAAUUAUCCUCUAGGUACAAAUUUUAAUGAAAAUAAAAUGAAUAAGAGGGACCCAAAUGAAAAUAUUAUUUACGAAAACUCAGAAAAGAACCUUUCGCCAGACAGAGAACCUCACGAAAUUUUUGAAAACGCAGAGGAGGAUAUAGACACCAUCGAAGCAGUCAAAACAACUAAAAGUGAGGAGUUAACUGCCACUGCAAAUGACGACAAUAACAAUAAAAUUAACGAGUUAUCAAAUAAAGAUCAAAAUGUGAUGGGUUGUAAAAAGACAGAUGUUGAAGCAAAACCUGAGGAAACACUAGACGAAAAGAAACAUAUUACAAACGCUCUUAAAGAUGAAAUAAAUAUACCCAAAGAUAAAACGAAUGUAUCUAAACAUGAAACUAUUGUACCUAAAGGUGAAACUAAUGCAUCUGAAGAUGAAAAGAAUGUAGCUAAAGGUGAAAGUAAUGUACUCAAAGUUGAAACGAAUGUAUCUAAAGAUGAAAAUAAUAUACCUAAAGGGGAAACUAAUGCAUCUAAAGAUGAAAUUAAAGAGUCUAAAGAUCAAAUUUGUACAUCUAAAGAGGAAAAAGCUGAUUCUACUAGCCUAGAUACAUCCGCUUAUGAGAAUGAUUCCGCAGAAAGCGACGACGAAGCUUCUUUCGGGACACCAGAGGACUCUCCUAGGAGUAAACGUAAAUCUAAAUCACCUAAAGGUAAAUAUGGGAAAUGUAGGGCACCCCCACCACCACCUAAAGCAGAUAAUACAAAAGGAACAUCUGAAACCCUAAAGAGUGGUAAAGGAACGGGUAGCUCAAUCGGCACAACUUCGCUAGAAAGCCUGAAUGACAUGCUGAGCAAUUUACCAAAUAAACCUCUUAAAGAAACUAGUUCACAUCAAACUUUGCAUGUUGUUAAUCCAAUAGCGGAAAAAAAGAGACGUCACAAAUCUAAAUCACCCAACAAAAUCCCUAAGGGGAAUAGUUCGGGAAUUGGCAAAUUAUUACAACUGCCAAGCAAAUUAGCAUUCUGGCAUAAGAGUGACGAUAAAUCUAAAACCGACUCUACAUCAAUGUCAUCGAGGUCCCGGUCGCAUAGCAGAAGGUCAUCUGGAAAUGACCAACAAACUGAUUUUCAAAGCUAUAUUGACAUAAAUACACCAUUCGAUACACCGAAAGAGGAUGCGCAGUCUAUCGCUGAUGACCAAGUUAGUUUUGUUGACGCUGCCGACUUUGAAAGCGAAGUCAUAUCGCAUGACAUUAUGGAAAAGAGUGAUGCUUUACAAAAGUUGAUCGAAGCGAAAAUUGAGAGCCACCCAGAAUAUAAGUUUGUUUCGUUGCACGAUGAUAUUCCUACUGCAUCGAAAAGUACAGAUGUCUGAAGCCUUCCUCUAUCCUAUUUUCUCGUUGCAGCAGCGCGACCGGAACGCAAUGCUGACGGCUUCUUCUACCAUACCUCGCACAAAAAAGUCCAAUAAAAGGAAAACGCAAUAGACACGACACCUAGUAAACUUCGUACUUUGUUGACUGGCUAUAGUCUGGUUAUUAUGAGCUCUCUUUACAUACAGGAAACCGUCUGUUUUAAAUUUCGUGUCUUAGCUAUUUUAUUGCUUAGCAAGUUUAAAUCGUAGAAACACAAUGCUUGCAUACUAGAAAGUAUGCGAGCUCUGUGAUUUGUGUUCUUCCAAACUUAGUGAAUUAUAUUAUUUCUUGAUGCUUACAUUUUUAAAUAGGUUAAUAUGUAGACUUAAUUCAACCGAGAUAUAAACCGUGAUUCGUUUUUAUAUUGUUUUUGAGCUCCCGAUAUUUCGACGCAGUUACAUGCAUCUUGUUAACGGUUAACUGGAGAUAGCGGGUAAGUUCGACCGCGCUCGAAACAAACAAUAUAAAAGGUAAUCACGGUUUAUAUCCCGGUCGAUUUAAGUCUAGUGAAAGUAACCGUGAAUCAUUCUAAACUGUUACGUUAAUAUGUAAUACUUAAAUAAAUAGAGCUAUAUGUCGUGCUUUUCGGUUUCGACUCAAAAUUGUUAGUUUAUUAUUAAACAUUACUAAUACUAUUCGUAUAUUGGAAGUCCGUGAGCUGUUAGAAGUCCAAUCGACGGGGUUUUCCAGAGAGACGUCAAAAAUUCGACCCGUAUCAUGUCAUGUCAUGCCGUGUCAUGGACUUUUAACAUCUUAUGGAUUGUAGGUAUGUUUGCUGUAUUACAUUAAAUAUUUUUUGCGGACGCACAUUAAAUAAUAAGUUUGAAACGGCACCAAAAAUUCUAGUGAAAGUAUGCUCAACACGAUGCAAGUAUUCAUUUAAGCAUGAAAUGCACUGUACAGAUUUAUUUAUGAGAACUUAAUUCUCAAUAAUAUUGGUUAUUAGUAUUUCUAAUUACUUCAUUAGAUGAAUUAUUUCUAAAUUAAAUUAACGCCAUAAUCAAGGAUUACACCGGAGACUGGCGAUUAUAAUUUUAGCCAAAAUUUGCCAAAUGUGAAACAUUAAACGACUCGACAAUUACUAAAGGGAUAAUGCUUGUUGUUGUUAUAUCUAUUAGUAUUUAAUGCAUAUUGCAAAGAAAUGACUAGUCUGCCGUUAAUGCGAAAUAGAUGUGCUAAGUCAAAAAAGAAUAGGUGGCGCUGGCGUCGGAAUAUGGGGUAUUACUGCAAUGUUAUGCCGCCAGAGAACGGCACUAUCACAUAUUAUAAACCAUAGAGUAACUUGUACAUACUAUUAUAAUUUUUAUUAUUAUUUUUUGGCAAAAUGCACAUUGAUGCAUCAAAGCGGUUUGUUUACAGAGGCCUACCGCGAAACACGAAAUUUCGUUAUCUGCCUCAUUAUCGCUCGUAUAUGCAAGAGUGAUAAAGAAUCUUCGAUUUUCAUGUUUCGUGGUAGGCCCUCAGUAUGUACUGGUGGCGCCCCCUACGCAGUUUUGCGUAAUAUCCCCUAUUGAGGCAUCGCUUAGGUGGCGCCGAAAUCUUAGUUUGAGAUUUAAAACAAAAAGCAUCGGCGCGGUCUAGUGAAACUUCUACUUAAGAGGCUGUCAAUACCUAAAGCGCGCACACUGUCUAUUUGUAUCGGAGUAAAUGAGAUAGCACUGUCGCAUGUUACUGGGCCUGGGCAAGGGAAUAAUAAGAAAAAUAUUUAAAUAAAAAAAAGUGGAUUAUUAGUGUAAUAUUUAACUCGACCACGGUUUAGAUAUAAAUGUUUUGAAAUUGUGAUUUUAAUUGCAGACCCAUAAGUCAAAACAAUAAAGACAUAAAACCGUUUAAUUGUGAUUUUAAGACCAAUCUUUGCAAUUAUUUUCUAUCGAGCCGAUUUCGUUCAAUCGUGUAUCGAGUACGACCACGGUCUUUGAAAUAUAAUUAAUAUGAACAUAUAUUUUUCUUACUUGACUAAAACAAAUAGUCUUUCUUAAAAAACUGUUUAAGUAACAUCAAUUUCAAGGACAUUGGGUGUUGACAGCCUCUUAAUGCAACGAUUGUUUAUUCUUAUUCGACUUCGCACGUCCGUAGUAAUAAUCUCAUAAAGGUCCUCACAAGACUUAGCAAUCGUAGCAUCUUACUCGAGUGAUGCAGGGUGUGUGUGAAGGGAUUGUAUUAAUAUCAUUAUCGACUGUAAAGUUUGAGGUACGGACUGUGGUUGUACUCGUUAUGUGAUAUAAUAGCCAUUGAUGUUUGUGAUGAUGAACUAUGAUUCUGGGAGGCUCGACGUUACGAGGUGGUAUAACAUGAAAUUAAUGAUGAUUUACGAACGCCCGUUCCUUGGAAGCCUUUACUGCAAAACGGAAGUCUCUUUUUAACUCCUUUUAUUAGAAAGAGAUUUCUACUUGGACUAUGUUUUCUUGAAACGGGAACUGGGGCCCAUAACAGGCAUGUUACGAGUUUUGUAGAACAAAUGAGGUAUCAUGGCAACUUAUUGUAAAUGAUUAAAUGACCAGAAGAUAAAGAUGAUUUGGAAACGCUAAACUUGUAGUACUAGACUCGUACUUUUCAUUGUGGGCUCUUGGAAUACUGACUCUUCGUUUAGUUACAUCAAGAUUCUAUGUAACUCAGAAACUUAUAUCCUUAUUGAACACUGUAAAUAUAUAGCAAAGUACUAUGCGUAAUACACUGAUUUAGGGGUAAUUUUAUAGAAUUUAGCUGUUGAAUGGAAAACUAUUGUCGUGCAUAAUACUAUCCUGAAUAAUGUUUGUGCAUGUUGGUAGGUACUCAAAAUUCAGUAUUUCUUUAAAAUGGUCAAGUUCCUAGGAAAUUAAGUAUGUGUUAAAUAUAAUUUUUCUUCUUCCUGGAUACAUGUAUGUGUAUGUACAUAAUGUUGGAGGGUGUAAAGCUGUUUGUUAUUGGCACCCUUACUGUAAUCUAAACGGUUUCAUGUUAUUUAAACAAAAUAUUAGUGUCAAUAUAAAAAAAAAAAACUAGGCACUAGUGAUUGGUAUUUGGGUGCCAAUGAAAGCUAGACUUAUCCUACUCUAUGAUAAUAAUGACUUUACCGUGCUAUCAUUUGCUAAACUGCAUUUGUACUCAUUUUCAAGUUACCUUGUAAUUAUUUUACCUGUUACUAUUACAUGUUUUAUUAGUUGACUGAGUCACAAUUUUACAUGAGUCCUGUUUGAGUUUAUUGAAAUAAAUUACGACUGUAA